GGCCGCGAAGGGAGGUUUAGGCGACAUGGGAAAGGAAAUGGACUUAGAGUCGAUCAAAAAAUUCUUGGAGAAAGAAGGCGGUGAAUAUGAAGGCAUAGUGGAUUCCAUGCCACUCAGAUUCCUCGAACCCUUCGUCUCCCAUGGCAUCAAGGUCGACCUGGCCGAGCGCGGCCGCAUUAUCUGCACUCUCAAAGUUCCCCUCCGCCUAGUGAAUAUGGGCAACUUCUUGCACGGCGGAGCCACGGCGUCGCUGGUGGACAUUGUCGGUUCGGCUGCUGUUUACACUAUGGGAGCGCCCAAUUCCGGGGCCUCCGUGGAGAUAAACGUUUCCUACUUGGAUGUUGCUUUUCUCGAUGAAGAAGUUGAGAUAGAGGCCAAGGUACUACGUAUGGGGAAGUCGAUAGCUGUUGUCAGCGUGGAGUUAAGGAAGAAAAAGACGGGAAAGAUAAUUGCUCAGGGGCGCCAUACUAAAUACUUGGCUGUUUCUAGUAAGCUAUGAACUACCUUGUCAGCUUAGAGUUGAGGGGAAAAAAAAAGACUGGAAAGAUUAUCACUCACUCGUGUCGUACUAAAUCAAAGUGUUGCUAACUAAUGUGUCUCUCCUAGAGGAAUGACCAAACAGAGACCAAAUUGUUUGUUUCUGAGCAUUCCUUGCAAUAAAUAAUUGUAUGUACAGAGAUGUCAAAGUCUCAUGACAUUCUUAUGUUUUCUCUUAAGAUAAACCAUGGGAUGUCUUUGCUUUACAUUCAAUUAUUCCAGCUUGGCUUUCAUGAA